GGAUAUGAAUGUUGCCCAUAAAGAAAUUGAUUUGACGCGUCCAAAAACUAAUCAAAGAACUGCUGGAUUUACAAUAGAAGAACGAUCCGGAUUUGACAAAAUUUUGAAUGGAGGAAAUAACAUAUUUGUUGACACUUGGCGCAAUAUGCAUCCGGACACAGAAGGCUGUUACAGUUACUAUUCCUAUCGAUUUAAUUGUCGCACCAAAGGCAUUGGUUGGCGUUUAGAUUAUCACGUUGUAAGCAAAAGAUUGUUAGAUAGAGUGAUCGAGAGUGAAAUUAGAAGUGAAUGUUAUGGGGCUAGUGAUCACGUGCCAGUGGUUUUAGUUCUCAAUGGCGAAUUGAUCUGA